GAACAGAGGAAAGGGCCCAUGAUGAAGUAGGGAAUUAAGAGGACACACUCAGCCAAAUCUCGCAACGGAGACAAUCUAUCUCUCAACCUUUAAUGGUUUCUUACAUUCUCUUUCCUUUUAAUAUAUACGUAUAUAUUGUCUCACCGGGGUGCUCAAAGGGAUUGUUUGAUUCCAAGAUAUUUAAGUAUUAUUUAAAACAUGACAACCAUCGAGGAGUGCCCUGUGUUACGGCCAACACCCUAAGAGUUCGAAAACUUCUAUGAUUACAUUGAGAAAAUAGAUAAAUAAUAUUCACCCAACUACGGGAUGGUGAAAGUAAAAUUAUAUUUUUAAAUUAAUUCCUAGAUCAUUCCCCCAAAGAACUUCCGAAUUCGCUAACAAGAUUACAACAAAUCUCUUGACAAUCUUAUUAUUUAAGGUCCUAUUGAGCAGAAUGUUUAUGGGAAGGGUGGCAACUAUGAAUGUUUACACAUCUUAAAAAAGUCAAUGCCUCUCAAGGAUUACAGAGCUAAACAAACAGAAAUAGAUAAAUAACAUGAAAAACUAAAUUCAGACCAACUGGAAAAGCUGUACUGGAAAAGUUUAGCCUUCAGUCCUCCUCUAUACGGAGCUGAUAUAAAGUUAAGUUUGAUGGAUGUCAACAAUUCUUGGAACCUCAAUCAAAUUACAAGCCUACUCAACUUUGGACUCAAGAACCGCAUCCCAGGAGUCAAUGAACCUUAUAUAUACGUUGGUUCAUGGAAGACAUUCUUUGCAUGGCACAAAGAAGACUUAGAUCUUUGUAGUGUUAAUUAUCUUCAUGUUGGAAAAGACAAGUAAAUAGAAAUUAUUAUAUAAAUUAGAUUCUGGUAUUCAAUACCUGAAGCUGAUAGUCAUCUCAUUGAAAAAUAUGCCAAACAGUUAUAUGGUGAUCAUUUUAAUAAAUGUCCAGAAUAUUUGAGACAUAAAACUACAGUUAUCAAUCCAUAUUUGCUUAAGGAGAAAAUUCCUGAAAUCAGAAUUUCAAAAAUGGCUCAUCAUCAAGGGGAAUUUAUGUUUAUCUUUGCUGGAGCCUAUCAUCAAGGCUUUAAUUGUGGAUUCAAUAUUGCUGAAGCUGUCAAUUUAGCCACUCUCAAUUGGUUACCACUACUUUUGGAAGCAAAAACAUGUCAAUGUCUCAAAGAUAAUGUCAAAAUAGAUUCAAUGAGCUUUGCUGAAAAUCUUAAACGUUCCAAUAAAUUUAAAGAAGAUGAAAGAGUCAAAAACUUCUUGGAAAAGACUAAAUCCAUGUAAAGCAUACUGCGGAAGAAUAUCAGGAAGAUUAAGGUGUGAUUUAAUUAAAAAUAACUAUUAUAGGAUAUCCAC